AACACAGUGAGGUAUGUUAAGAAGGGCCUAGAGAUAUGUCAAUACACCGAGUGAGAUGACAGCAGGCUAUCUCAGAUACAGUUAAUAAUAUUUAAUUCAAACAUGCCGUCGAUUAUGGAAGAAUAGUGGAAGAAUAGUUAGUCUGCCAGGUGAAAUAAUAAGAAGAUCCUGGAUUAGAGAAGACUAAAUAGCCAUUAAACAUGUGUAAUUAUGAAUCCCUUUGAUGAUGAUGACUCCUCCAUGGCUGAGUGCUGUCGGGCUCUCUGGAGCAAGGCUUUCCCAAGGGCUUUGAUAUGAAAUAUCAGAUGUUCCGCUGGCUGUGCCUGCUCAGCCUGAGCGUGCUCAGCCUCCCCGUGUUGUUCUGGUAUGUAUACGGAUAUGUGAUCACACGGUACGGUUCGUCUCUGGCUCUGCAGAGCAGCGGGCUCCAGGGCUACAUGAGGAUCACCACCGGCAGGAUGGACCAGUUCCUGCACAUGCACUGCAACCAGUGUGCCUUGGUGUCCAGCUCAGGCCAGAUGCUCGGAGCUGGCGUCGGAGAAGAGAUAGAAAAAGUCGGAUGCGUGAUCCGGAUGAACAAUGCACCCACACAGGGCUAUGAGAAAGACGUAGGGAGCCGCACCAGUAUUCGGGUUGUGUCUCACACCAGCGUUCCCCUGUUGGUAAAAAACGAGCGCUACUAUUUCCAGCAAUCAGCAGAAACCACGUAUGUGUUCUGGGGUCCUGAGAGGAACAUGAGGCAAGACGGGAAAGGACGCACCUUCAAUACUCUCCUGAAAAUAGCAGAGAGGUAUCCAAACGUCCGAAUCUACGCUGUGACCAGAGAGAAAGUUCAGUACUGUGAUGGUGUGUUUCAGAAUGAAACUGGAAAAAACAGAAUGAAGACGGGGGCAUUUCUCAGCACUGGAUUCUUCACAAUGAUUCUGGCUAUAGAUAUGUGUGACAGCAUCCAUGUUUAUGGAAUGAUCGAUGAUAACUACUGCAGUCGAGCCAAUCAUAGUGCUGUACCUUACCAUUACUACGAGAGCAACCGAGUCGAUGAGUGCAGGAUGUACCGGGUCCACGAGCACAUACAACGUGGGGGUCAUCGCUUCAUCACUGAGAAGGCCAUCUAUGCCAGAUGGGCAACGCGGCACAAAAUGGAGUUUAAACACCCGUCAUGGAGCCUCUAAAGAAGGAGACAUUAAAACACAGAAGAUGCUCCUCAAUCGGCCGUACGGUGGUAUUCACUUUUGCUGGAUUUUGGUCGUCUUUGCUGAAGAUUUUUAGCGAUGCCUGAGCAGAAACUUUAUCAAGCACAUGUCAUUGUUACUGCUGGACUCCAGCUUUCAUUUGGAAUUUUACUUUUUUACAGUUUUUAAGUAGAAAAGCGUUUCAUUUGAUACUGGCUCAUCGUGGAUUAAAUGAUUUGCAGCCAUACAUAUAAAACAAUGCUUUAGAUGUACCAGCAUUCAACUGGUAACAGGUGGUAGAGUACCACUCUCAGUAUUACUGAAUACUUACUGUUAUGUAUAGCCAUAUAUCAGUAUAGAUACUGAAAACGCGUUAAGCCACUAAACUAGACACUAAAGCCAGUUUAUACCAAAGUUUACCAUUUUUAAUUUUCUUUAUACCUGUGCCUUGACUCUCAGUUUUAUUCCGCACAAUGUUUUAUUUUAUGCUGCUGCAAUUAGGCUUGUAAGUGUAUUGUUUAGGGCCGCAAAUAAUAAUUAAUCUGGCAUUUCUUUUCUUAAUAAUCGAAUAAUCGUUUGGUCUACAAAUUGUCAGAAAGUAGUAAAAACAAUGCCCAUCACAGUUUCCCAGAACUCAAAUUUAUGUGUUUAAAUUAUUUGUUUUGUUCAACCACUGGUCCAAAACCCAAAGUUAUUAAUUUUACAAAGUCAAAGUUAACGCGUUAACACAAAGUUGUGUUUCUCACACAAAUUCUUUAACGCAUUAACGCAACCGAUCUUUCGAGGGUUGUAGUGGUUGUAGCUA